GCCGCCCCCGCUCCGCCGCCGCCGCGCUCGGUGCCGGCCCCCUCCCGGCGGAGGCUCCGCGAUGGCGGGGCCGGGGCCCGGCGGCCGCCGGGGCUGAGCGGGGCGGGCAGCGCCGGUGCCGCAGAGCCGCCGAUGCGGACACGGAGAGGUGGCCAGGAUGGGCUCGGUGGGUGCUGAGCGUUUCAAGGAGCUGAGCCCGGCGGUGACACCCGAGGGGAACGUGGUGAUGAGCUUCAGCUUCGACAGCUACCAGCUGGAGGAGGACGAGCUGCAGCGGGGCAGCCAGGCCAAGGGUGUGCUCACCUUCAUGGAGCCAGUUUCUGAGGAGCCUGAGCCGCAGGAUCGAUACCAUGGGAUUUAUUUUGCCAUGCUGCUGGCUGGGGUGGGAUUUCUCCUGCCCUACAACAGCUUUAUCACCGAUGUGGAUUACCUGCACCACAAAUACCCAGGGACCUCCAUUGUCUUUGACAUGAGCCUCACCUACAUCCUGGUGGCCUUGGUGGCCGUCAUCCUCAACAACGCGCUGGUGGAGCUGCUGAGCCUGCACACCCGGAUCUCCGUGGGCUACCUCUUCGCCCUGGGGCCCCUGCUCUUCGUCAGCAUCUGCGACGUGUGGCUGGAGCUGUUCAGCCGCAGACAAGCCUACGCCAUCAACCUGGUGGCUGUCGGGGUGGUGGCCUUUGGCUGCACAGUGCAGCAAUCCAGCUUCUACGGCUACACGGGGCUGCUGCCCAAGCGCUACACGCAGGGAGUGAUGACGGGAGAGAGCACCGCCGGGGUCAUCAUCUCGCUCAGCCGCAUCUUCACCAAGCUGCUGCUGUCGGACGAGAAGGAGAACACCGUCAUCUUCUUCUUCAUCUCCAUCGGCAUGGAGCUGACGUGCUUCAUCCUGCACCUGCUGGUGAAGCGCACGCGCUUCGUGCGUUACUACACCGACGGCUCCCGCCAGGGCCUCCCCGAGAGCCGCGGCGCCGGCGAGCCCAGCUCCGGCUACCGCGUCCACCACGACGUCACCUCCGAGGACGUCAGAUUUGAGAGCCGGGAGCAGGGGCAGCCGAGCUCCCCACGGGGCAGCCCCGGCCCCGAAGCUGAGCUGGCUGGCAGUGGCACCUACAUGCGCUUCGAUGUGCCUCGGCCCAGGAUCAAGAGGAGCUGGCCCAGCUUCAGAGACAUGCUGCUCUACCGCUACGUCGUGUCCCGCCUCAUCUGGGCCUACAUGCUCUCCAUCGCCAUGACCUACUUCAUCACACUGUGCCUCUUUCCCGGGCUGGAGUCGGAGAUCCACAACUGCACGCUGGGGGAAUGGCUCCCCAUCCUCAUCAUGGCCAUCUUCAACCUCUCCGACUUCGUUGGCAAGAUCCUGGCUGCCCUGCCCUACGACUGGAGAGGGACCCACCUCCUCGUCUACUCCUGCCUCCGCGUGGUCUUCAUCCCCCUCUUCAUCAUGUGCGUGUACCCCAACGGGCAGCCCACCUUCGGCCACCCCGCCUGGCCCUGCAUCUUCUCCCUCCUCAUGGGCAUCACCAACGGCUACUUCGGCAGCGUGCCCAUGAUCCUGGCAGCGGGCAAGGUCAGCCCGGAGCAGCGGGAGCUGGCAGGGAACACCAUGACCGUGUCCUACAUGACGGGCCUGACGCUGGGCUCGGCCGUGGCCUACUUUGCCUACAGCCUCACCAGUACCUCCCACAGCAGCUGUUUCUACACUGAAACCUCCAAUGGCUCCUUCACCUUGGGCUACUGAGCCCUGGGGUGGGGCAAUGGGGACAGGGUGGGACCUGCUUCCCACCACGGUCCCCAGCGCCCCACAUCCCUCCUCAAGGAGGGAGCCUGGAGCCUGGAAGCCGCCCCUGCAUGGACAAGGACUGGUAUCCUGUUGGCACAGGGCUGUGGCAUUCCCAAACGGCCUGUGCUGCCCAGCCAGGCACUGUGCAGGGCCACUGCUUGGGGUGACAUUCCUCCCACCCCAGGGGACAGUUCUUGUUGCUUUUGGGGGUCUCCCCAUCAGCAAUGUGCAGCUCUCCAGCGAAGGCUGGGGAUCUGCUGUUUGCGCCAAGCCAUUGACAGGAGGAAGAAAAUACUGCCAAAUCCCAAAGGGAAUAGGACCAGCACUGGGGAGGAGGGUGAUGGAGGGCUGGUGAGGAAGAAGAGGAGCAAGAGAGGAAGGAAGCACUCCUUCAGUCCCCCGUGGCUCUGGGAAGGUGGGUCUCCACUUCCAUUGAUGGUGCUGCAGGUUUUCACCAGGAAUGGCUUGAAAUCACAGUCCCUCCCUAAAUAUGCGAAUCAUAUGGAUGGGGAAAAAAAGAUUUUUUUUUUACUGUGUCUUGUUUUACCCCCCCUAACUGCAACAGAGGCAGGGUCUUGCCUCCCCCCACCCCACACUGUGAAUCUGCUCCAUUGCAAGGGGUACAGGGGGGGGUCCCAAGGCUGCAGCACUGCCAGUGCCACCUGCAGGCCACUGCUGAGCUUCAAGAUUUAUUGCGCAGGAUGUAAGUGAAGCUGAUUAAAUAAUUAAGUGUCUUUGCAACAAUGGCUGGUCCUUAGCUGUGCCACACACAAGUGUGUGGGUGGCAUUUGACUGCUGGUGAUGGGCUGGGCUGGCAAACACACACAGGGUGGCACCUGCUGCCUGUCCUGUUGGGUUUUGGGGUGUCCUGGUGCUGGUCUCCAUCUCCAGGGCCCCCUUUGUCACCUGGGGUGGUGGAACACGUCACUGGGUUACACCAAACCCCUGCCAGCCUGCAAACUGCCGUGGGCAGCACACAGGAGAGGGAACAGGCCAAGAGGAGCAGAAAACAUCAGGAGAAGGUGCCAACACCACGUUUUGGGACCAGCUGCACCUCGCUGUGCCAACUGGCGGGUGCCACCUCCCAGGGAAUCAAGCCCAAGGAGCCAAUGAGUGCCAGGCCUGGCCCCGACCUGGCCCCCACAGCACAGGAGGGUCUGGCAGUGCCAAGUAUGAAGUGCAGCUCACACCAAAAAAAGAGCAAAUCCAGCAUUUCAUCCUCAGCACAUGGUGCCCUGGGCAGGGUGGCAGGGUGAGGACUCACACCUCCAAGCCCUGUGCAGCAGACACCUCUACUCCAGUGUCCAGUCCUGUCCAUCGGUGCCACCACCUCACACAGAUGGGUUCUCCCCAAAAAGCCACCAGGCACCUGGGUUGUGUCUUUCUCCAGGGCAGGGGCUGAGCCAAAAAGCCAUCAUUGCCACCAAGGGGAGAAAAACCCUGCGGUCAGGACAAGCGAGACAAAGAAAGAUGCUUCGUUGGGUUGCUUUUUUUCAAUUAGAUUUUUUUUUUUUUUAUGAAAAAAGAUCACACGGAGUUCUCCAACAAACAGAAUGCCAAAAAAAUUGUUUUAAACAAAACAUAAACAAAACAAAACAAAAAGACAAAAACCUGGCUCUCCUUUCCUCUCGAUUGUCUGAAAUAUCCUUGUGUUCCAUAGAAGGCAGUGGGUUUUAAGUGCUUUCUAUUUAACAUUAGCAUAAAAUCUCUCUCGCGCGCUCUCUCUCUCGCUCUUUAAAAUAUGCUCACACAAUUUGCUUCUAGAAGUACAGUACACUUUGAGCGUGGGGGGUGUGCCUGUUCCCAGAUCAUUUACAAUCACAAUCCAACAGGAAAUAAAAAAUAAUAUUCUAAACGUCA